AGAAAGAGUGACUGUUUUAUUGAAGAAAAGUGUUCUAUUGAUCUUGGUGAUCAUGGCUGGUGUUCUCAUGCUUGCAAUGAGUUCAUGGGAAAGAAAGAUUGAUAGCAAUGGUUUUUUUCGCAGACGUGAGUAUGAUGCCUCGAAAAUCCAACAGUAUAAAAGGAUGUUGGGAGCUAAACUUCAAAGGGAGACACCAGGAGGAUCAGACCCUAUUCGACUGAAAAUCAAUUAUGCUAAGAGUCAGCUCAUGGGUGUUAAUGUGGAGGAAGCAUGGGUAGAGAAAAUGGCAUACAGAUUAUACUGCAAAAGAAAAGAUCUGCCUUUUAAAUAUCUGGGGAUCCCCAUUGGGGGGAAUCAUAGAAGAAUUGCAAUGUGGCAAAAUCUGAUGGAAUUAGUGAAAAAGAAAUUAGCUCCAUGGAAAGGCCGAUAUUCAUCCUUUGGGGGACGCAUCACGAUCGUUAAUUUUGUGUUGUCUAGCUUGCCCGUGUUCUUAAUGUCGGUCUACCUGCUUCCUAAAGGUAUUCUUCAUUUUAUUGAUAAAAUUCGCAAGAGUUUUUUUGUGGGGUGGGGAAGGUGAAGGUAGAAAAAUUAAUUGGGUUAAAUGGAAGAAAGUUUGCAAAAAUAAAUUAUGUGGGGGAUUAGGAGUGAGAGGGUUGAGGAAGUUCAACUUAGCCUUAAUGGGGAAAUGGUGGGGAAGGCUAGCAAGAAAAGAACAGGGAUUGUGGGAUAAGGUUAUAGCUAGCAAGUAUGGAGGGAGUGGAGGCCAUUGGCUUGACU